AUGUCUUCUACACUCUUCUCAAAGCGUCUUUCUAAAGAAUUAAUCGAUCUUAAAAUCAACCCACCAGCGGGAAUCGAAGUUACAGAAUCUGACUCGUUCAAAUGUUGGAAAUUAUCCCUUGACGGUGUUGAGGGAACUUUAUACGCGGGUGAACGGUUCACCUUGGAAUUUCGAUUCACACCGAACUAUCCAAUGGAAUCUCCAGAGUCGAUGCUGUCGAGCUGUACAACCAAGGAACCGCCACCGGAUAAUAACCACUAUGUGAAAACUGCAAAAGCCUCUCCAAAACAGACCCAAUGGUCUUUCCAUGAUGAUUCUGUUUAA